AUGGAGGAAGAGGGAGUACAGCUUUCUUCUCCUGCUCUGGACGAUUUGCCCAUCGAAGAGGCUGCCGAAGAGCCUGUCAGGAAGCGGGUGAAGAGGGGCAUUCUGGGCGCUCCUGUGGGCGACACACCGAUGCUUUUCAGCUUCACCUCGAAAGAGCUGUGGCCUGAGGGCAAGGACGACGAUUCGGAUGAUGAGGAUUACAGGCCUGAGGCGCGCAAAUCCGUCCCCUCGACUAAGCCUCGGCCCAAGACAUCUCAGCCGGCAAAAGGCAAACAGCAGCAGCAGCAGUGUGAAUCGGCAUCGGCAAUCGCCUCCACUAGCAGCACUAGCAGCACCGAAGUCAAUGGCGACUCGAGCACAGCUGACCACAGCCUUUCAACGCCUUCUCUCGAGGAGGACUACCCGUCCGUCCCUUCACCGGCAUCCGACUUUUCGAGUGAUCCUUCAGAGAGCAGCCAGGACAGCACUAAAGGCAAACGGAAGGGCAAACGAGCACGCAAGUCUCCAAAUGGCAAGGCGAAAGCGAAAGCUAAGCCUAAGAAAGCACGCGCUAAAGCCGCGGUUAAAACUCCAAGGGCAAAGAAAGCCACAUCAAAGUCUCCACAAAGCUCUGGCCAAGCCAAACGAGCUUCCAAAACCACUAAUCCACAGAAGCCUUCAACUUCAAAUGGCAAUAAUCAAAACGGCCACCGGACAUCGUAUUCAGCAACCGAUUUCAACUGUUUGCUCCGACAACUCAAGUUUGACUUUGAGCAAAUUAUUCCCCCUGAGAUUCUCGUUAAAAUAUUUAGCUUUGUUCUCGAAGUGGAACAGUUGCACGCUCAGACGUUAAUCAAACUGUCACAGGUGUGCGACAACUGGCGCAAUUUGAUCAUAUCAACGCCCGUUCUCUGGCGCCGUCUCGACUUGACUGGCUUCUCUGACGUCAAGUUCCCGCUGCAGAGCUUUCAACGCCUCAAUGACACCAAUCAACUGUUCACCUGCGUCAACGAGCUGAACCUAAGCGGGUGGAGUGGCGCCAAUGCCGAGAAGAUCAUCGAGAUUGUCGCCAACAGCUCAAACUUUGACCUGGAAAUGCUGUGUGUGCGAAACUGUCGCAAUAUAUCCUGCAAAUUCCUGGACACCGUCAUUCGGCGUUGUCCUAACAUAAAGGAUCUGGACAUUUCAGCUAUUACGAAUCCUUUCACCACACCCGUCUUCCGACCUCUGUUGNCAUUUUUUGAUUCCAUGCAAUCAUGGUCACAACACGGGACACGACAAUUGACACUGAAUAAACCUCUUCCGCCUUCAAAGACUUCAUCACACCAGAACUGUCAGAAUCCUUUCACCACACCCGUCUUCCGACCUCUGUUGGAAGCCUGCGGCGGCAAGUUGGAGUCGCUCAAGCUCUCAGAGAAUAUGUUGCCUUCUUUCCCCACAACAAUGUCAAUCAUUAUGGAGUUUUGUCACAACCUCGAAGUGCUCGAUGUCAGUAAUGUCGCCUCGCUGGGCGCCCGCUCGACUUCCAUUUCGAUUGACAAGCUGCAGCGAAGCUGUCCUAACUUGCGCAUCCUUCGAGCGGCCAAUGUCAAUUUUACGCCGACGGUGUGCAGUGCCGCCUGCCCGCCAGUGCCGGGCUUUCCCAAGCUGGAGGAGCUCAGCAUUCCCUUCCACGAGAACUUCAUUGUGCCUUCGCUGAUGCAGGACGGCAACACCGACUGGACGCUGGAGCUGCUGACAAAGGACGCCGCGAAGCUCACCUUGCUGGACAUUCGUGGCUCUCGCUACAUCUCACCGCGUGGCCUUCUCAAAGUUCCCACCUGGACGCUGAAGCACCUUUCCAUCUCGAACUGCACCAAGCUGGAAGAGCAACAUGAGACGCUGGGAAAUGUCUUCACAAAGUGGAGCAAAACACUGGUGGACGUUGAUCUGUCGUGGAACAAGUCAGACAAGUGCGUCGAGGCCUGCAUCUCCGCACUGAGCGAG